AUGGGCAACAUAACGCAGAGCGUACAUUGUGAACAGCAGCCGCCGCCAGCGCGGCAACCAGCGGGAACCUCCCUGGCAGAGCAGAAGCCGCCACCGGAGGCGCCGCAGCGGGCGCCGGGAGCGGGCCGCCCGGGAAGGCUCCCGGGGAGGGCUGGAGCGUCCGGGCAGCUGACGCCUAGCCGAGAGCGCGGCGGAAGACGCGUGGCUGCGUUGGACACCCGAGAUGCCCACGGUCCGAUGCGGCCCGAUGCUUGCAUGGCGUUGUCGCGCAUCUUGGCGCAGCCGGUCCGAUUCGAUUUCAUGGUCAGAGCAGUGGACGACUUGUUCUGCAGCUCCGAGGGAAAGCACGGCGAGGUCUCAGGAGCAUGA